AUGGUGCGCAUUCGCCUCUACGCGAGCGAGGGCCACGCGGCCAACCCGCAGGUGGCCGUCGACGCGGCGAUGGUGGCUGCGAGCAUCCUCGUGCAGAUGCCCGACCUGGCCGACCGGGUCAGCCGCGAGGGCCGCGGCUUCGCCUCCAUCCAUGCCGACGAGAUCCACGCCGGCGCGGCCGGCACAGACUGGGUCGCGCAUGCCGACAUUGUGCUGGACGUGAAGGCGUACGACGCGACCAUCCGCAAACAGCUGCACGCGGGCAUUCACAGCAUUGUCCAGGGGGAGGCCGCCGCGUCGGGCGCAGCGCAGAAGCCCGAGAUUACGACGGCGGUGCGCGCGCCGCCGACCACCAACGACGCGGCGCUGGCAGCCCAUGUCGGCGGGGCCUCCCGCCGCUUCUUUGGGCGCGACAAGGUGCUAGACAGCCUGCCCCAGCACCCGUGCGAGGACUUUUCUGUGCUGGCGACGGCCGACAUCCCCAUCAACCACUCGCCCUUCAAUAUGCCGCUCCUCCACCCUACACUGGAGACGGGCAUUCACGCUUUGUCGUUCGCCAUGCUCUCCAUCGUCGGCAACGCAAGCAAUGCAGGAUCGUACGUCUUGCUUCCCGUCCUACCAUGGGAGCGUCUUGCCAUCCCAGUUCAAGUACGUGCCCGUGUCCUUGCGGCCGAUGCGCUCAAUAAUCUUCACCAUGCCGGCAAUGGUUUCGUCCAUAUUGUCGCGGGAGCGAAAGUUGGUCAGCUUGGUAGCAACGUAGCCCGGACGCAAAGCGACCGCCGUAAUGUCGCCGCCGUUCCUCUGGAAUUCCUUGGCCAGAGUGACGGUCAUCAUAUUGAGGGCAACCUUGGACAUGCGGUAGGCGAGGUCUUUGCCCUUGCACACUGCCGCGCGUCAGUCAGCUUCGAGACGGAUGACCUGGAGUGGCUGUCCGACCCGCGGAAGCAACUGACACAAGCCGCCGCAGCCGCCGCUGCAGAUGCUGCCGGUGGCGCCGAGUUUGCCAAGUGGCUGUUGAUCUUUGACAACGUCGACGAGAUUACCAUGUUGGAUCCGUUUUGGCCAGCCGGUCCACACGGGUCCAUCCUGAUUACCUCCCGUGACCCGCUGACCAAGACCGACCUGGCCACGCGCGGCGUGGACGUGCCACCCAUGUCGGAAGUGGAAUGCGUCCUGAUGCUCUGCACGGAGGUGGAUGAGUUGCCCACCAAACCGGCAACGAAGGAGGCCGCGCUGGCGCUCGUGCGGCCCGUUGGCCGGCUGCCCCUCGCAAUCGCGCAAUGCGCAGCGCGGAUCCGUCGGACCGACACGAGCAUCGAGGAAUACAUGAACCGCUUCGGCCGCGGCGAUCUGAUGAAUGAACUCAAGAAAGUACAGGUCCUCCCGCCCCAACAGCAGUACAAGCAUGUGCUGGACACCGUAUGGCGGUUCGAGCGAUUCUCCGCCCCCGCCCUCGGUUUGUUCCACGUGCUGGCCUUUUUCGACCCCGACAGCGUGUCCGAGCGGAUCCUCGAAGUCGAUGCUGCGGUCGAGGCGGAACCGGAUGGCGUUCCUUGCGCCUAUCCGAAACCAGGCGAGGAAUACGACAACACCCGUGUCGAAAUCAUGCGCACAUCGCUCGUGAACCGGAACAAAGAGACCCGGUCCCUGUCGUGGCACAGAAUGGUGCAAAAAGCCGUACGGAGCAAGAUGAGCGCGGUGGACGCGCAGCGCGCCUACCAGCUGGCUGUCCACCUGUUGCACCAGGCGUGGGAAUACGCCGAGGAUCGGUUCAGCCGCGAAAGCCGGAAGCGUCCAGCCUGCGACGAAGUGGUGCCCCAUGUCCUGACCAUGAUGCGGGCCUAUGGUGCGGCCGUGCGCGGUCGACCCCUCGCUCUGCCGAGCGCGCGCCGGCUCGUGGUGCUGCUGCAGGAAACCGGGUACUAUCUUAUCCUCAGCGCCCAGCACGGCGCCGUGGACAAGAUCCUCGACCUGGCCAUCGGCAUCUGCGAAGCGUACGGCGACGACAUGCGCGAUCUCCUGGCGAACACCAAGUUUUCGUAUGCCCGCUUUGGCGGGGAGACCAACAUGGAUCCGAAACGUGUCCUCGGCUACUGCAUGGACUACCACACCAUACGGAAAGCACUGGACGAUGGCAGUCUGGAGAGCCGCGAGGACGUGGCCUCGUCGCACACCAGCCUCGCGCAGGGCUACCUGUUCCUGGACCAGUUCGAAGCGGCCCUCGAGCACUGUCAGACAUGCAUUGCGAUCGAGGCCGCUCUGCCGGGCCAUGAAGGCGUCCUGUCGCAGUUUGCGCACAUCUACCGGGCAUGGGCCUUGUACGGCCUGCAACGGGACGAAGAAGCGGCCAAGCUCAGCAUGGUCGUCAUCCAGUACCGCACGACCAAAUUUGGGCAGGACGAUAUGGAAUCGGUCAAAUGGGAUGAAGAAGACGUACUCACCGUUGGACUGGAACCUAGGUUGGGUCUUGCACUGCACUGUCUAGCCAACGCCCGACGACGGCAAGGCCGGAUACUAGCGAGCUUCAAAGCCUACCAGAAGGCAUGGGCAAACUACCGCGCGACGGAGGGGCCCGACACCUGGCGCCUGGCCCAGAUCGACCUCAAGCUGGCCGAGAUCUACGUCACGCAGCCCAACAUCCCGGGCACGGCAGAGUUGGCAAAGGAACACUUUGACAGGGCCAUCAAGGCCUUUGGCCGGUCGCCAUUUCACAAGAACGAGCUGGCCCGCGCCUUGUACAGACACGCUCUGUCUCUCGGCGAGCUGAAGACGCCUCUCGGGCCCCAGCCAACGUACGAGAAAGCGAAGGGCCUAUAUUACGGAUUGCGGCCAGAGGCCAGCCGAGAGACACCACCAGGGGAAGCGGAGUUUGAUUCCCUGGUCCGCUUUUGGUCUCGAUAA